AUGCCUUCCUUCACCAGCCUCCUUGCCGCCGUUGCGGCUCUCGCCCCUCUCGGCGCCUUCGCCGCCCCGGCUCCCAUCCCUGAGCCCGAGAACUGGGAUGUCUCGAUCAGCAGCGAGAUCAAGGCCUUCAUCUCUAACCCCACGGCCAAGAACAUCAUCGCCAACCGGUAUAUUGUCGCCUACAACACCUCCUUCACUGAGGACGAGAUCUCUGCCACCGAGUUCUCCAUCAGCUCUGCGAUCCAGAAGCGCAACCUGGGCAAGCGUGCCCUUGACGGCCGCCAGAUGUCAGGCUUCAUGUCCUCCAUGAAGUUCGACAGCGGUGCCCGCUUCUCCGCCUUUGACGGUGACAACUCCAUGCUGGCCACCUUGGCCAAGGACAAGACCGUUGCCUACAUCGAGGCUGAUGCCCGUGUCCAGGCCGCCGCCUUCGUGACCGAGUCUGGUGCUACUACCGGCCUCGGCCGUAUCAGUGCCGCUCAGGCUGGCUCGACCGACUACGUCUUUGACGACAGUGCCGGCCAGGGCAUCACUGCCUACGUCGUCGACACUGGUGUCUUUGUGGACCACAACGAGUUUGAGGGCCGUGCCGUCAUGGCCUUCAACGCCAUCAACAAUGUCGACACUGAUGAGAAUGGCCACGGCAGCCACGUCUCCGGUACCAUCGCUGGCAAGACUUUUGGUGUCGCCAAGAAGGCCAACAUCAUCGGUGUCAAGGUUCUCGAUGCCCAAGGUGGCGGCUCCAACUCGGGUGUCCUUGAGGGUCUUCAGUUUGUCGCCGACGACGCUACCAAGAACGGACGCAGUGGCAAGGCCGUCAUGAACAUGUCGCUUGGCGGCCCUGCCUCGAGGGCGAUCAACGCCGCCGUCAAGGCCAUUGCCGCUGCUGGUGUCGUCCCCGUCGUCGCUGCUGGUAACGAGAACCAGGAUGCCGCCAACGUCAGCCCUGCCAGCUCCCCUGAUGCCAUCACUGUCGGUGCCAUCGACCAGACCAACGAUGCCAAGGCCAGCUUCAGCAACUUUGGUGCCGAUGUCGACAUCUUCGCCCCCGGUGUUGACGUCGAGAGUGUCGGUAUCACCGCCAAGGACGCCACUGACACUCUCAGCGGUACCUCUAUGGCCUCUCCUCACGUUGCCGGUCUUGCCGCUUACCUGAUGGCUCUUGAGGGUCUUACGGAUGUUGCCGGUGUCAAGGCGCGCAUGACCGAGCUUGCCACUGCCACUGGCGCCACCGUUAAGCGCAACACUCGCGGCACUACCAACCUGAUCGCCAACAACGGUGCCGCUGCCGGUGCUGCCGCUCCUGGUGCUGGUGCUGGCAACGGUACCGCGCCGGCCACUCCUGCCGCCCCUGCCACACCUGCUCCUGGCGCCGGUGCUGGCAACGGCACUGCGCCCGCGACUCCUGAUGCUGGUGCCGGUGCCGGUGCUGGAAGCGGCACGCCCAUCCCUGCGGGCCUUCCUGCUGCCACGGACGCCUUCUGGAAGACCGCCAUCGGCUCUGCCCUUGCUACCCUGAUGGGCAUCAACGUCUAA